AACGUUAAGAUUGCAUUUUUCAAAAUUUUUAGUUUUCUUCACAACGCUCGUUGGUGGGUUGUGUCGAAAUACUUAGUAUCAAAUGAAAAGUAUUUCAAAUUUAUUUCGUAUAUUUGAAUUGAUCAAAAUCUAAUGUGAAUUAAUAAAACGUUAUUUCUUCGUUUCAAUUGGAAAAGUCAACAUGGCAAAAGAAUUGACCGAUGAGCAACUUGCACUUUUGAAAGACAUGUUUUAUGAAUUUACCGAAGCCAACGAACAAAAACUGGCAGCAGAAAAAUUUACGUCACUUAUUUGCUGGGUUUGUGCAUUCUUAUGCCACCCGAUUUCGACAACGGAAGCUCAAGUUAUUACACAGGAGCAUGAUGAUGGCUCUGGCCUUUUCGAUUUUGAUAAGUUCAUAACCGUGAUAACUAUCAAAAUGAUUGAAACUUACACCACAGAAAAUAUGCUAACAUAUUUUAAAAAUUUGGAUACAGAAAGUAAGGGUUUUCUCACUGCUGAUGACUUACGCCUUGCUUUCGCAAACAAUAUGACAGAGGAUGAAAUUCAAAAGGCUGUUUCUUACACAUCAGAUGGAAAGCUUAAAUUUGAGGACUUUUUCAAAUUCAUGAAUCCAUUUAAGGAAUAACAUGUUAAUCCGCAACUAUUACAUCUCACAUAUGCAAGAAUUGGUUGGAGUGCAAGUGCAGCCUUUAAUGGGUCCAAAGAAUUUUAUUCUUAUACUCACCGAAAAUAGGCAAUCAUACAUUAAUUUAAGAGCAAAUUCGUUCUUUGCAAAGCCACAACCAUCACAAAAAUGAUUAUAGGACAAUCCACAUCAAUAUACGAAGAAUAUAUAUAUUUAAGGCUAUUGAAAAUAUAAAACAGUACAUAAACACAUUUCA